GUUUGUACUCCCUACAAUACGACUCUUAUUUAAACUGGGCUGACUGGAGAAAUCAUUACUACGCCGAAGUGGUGAAGCACGGCCAUCAAUAAAAUGGACGGCAAAAACUUGGUUGUAAUUCUUCUCUCGGCGACACUUGUUGUCGUUAUGGUAUUUGUGACACGACUCCCGGCGACGCUGCGAAGCACCGCCGGCCUUCUGGACUGCUCCCCGUGGUGCACUUCCUCCGACUUGAAGGACUCCACGCGCCUCCUCCACGUUUCCGGCGACGACGGGCCGCGCCACCCGCUCGACCCGCUGACGAUCCGGGAGCUCAACAGAGUUCGCGAGGUGGUGAAAUCGUACGGCCCCUUCAAGAACAGCCCCUACGCUCUCCACUAUGUCACUCUGGGAGAGCCCGAGAAGCAGGCCGUCCUGGGCUGGAAAACGGGCGACCCUCUUCCGCCUCGGCAGGCGUCGGUGCUCGCCCGUGCUGCCGGAAAGUCGUACGAGCUCACCGUCGAUCUCCUUACCGGCGAUGUCACCACUCAUGAAACGGGUCCUCAUUUCGGGUCCCCCAUGUUGACCAUGGAGGAUAUGGUGGCUGCUGCCGUGGCACCCUUGGCCAGCGCCGAAUUCAACCGUACGAUCACGCAACGUGGCGUCGAUCUGACCGACCUUGCGUGUUUGCCUCUAUCUUCAGGCUGGUUCGAACGCAAAAUUGAGGAUAAGAGGAGACUGAUGAAGAUACAGUGCUUCAGCAACAAGGGAACUGCGAAUUUCUACAUGAGACCCAUCGAGGGAUUGACAGUGUUGAUCGAUUUAGACACCAAAGAGGUGAUUGACAUAUCAGACGAAGGGAAGAGCAUCCCGAUUCCCAAGGCCGCCAACACAGACUAUCGCUACUCCGCACUACCUCACAAUAAGAAGAGCAGCAGCUGGUCUCCCAACCCAAUUUCCACGGAGCAACCAAUGGGUCCGAGUUUCACCGUGGACGGGCAUUUGGUGAGGUGGGCGAAUUGGGAGUUUCACCUCAAACCCGAUUCCAGAGCGGGCUUGAUCAUAUCCCGGGCUAUGAUCCGUGACUCCGACACCGGGGAAAUGAGGAGCGUCUUGUACAAAGGGUUCGCUUCCGAGUUGUUCGUUCCCUAUAUGGAUCCGAGUGAUGCCUGGUACUUCAAGACAUACAUGGAUGCUGGGGAAUACGGGUUCGGGCUCCAGUCCAUGCCGCUUGACCCGUUGAAUGAUUGCCCCAGGAAUGCCCAUUACAUGGACGCCGUCUUUAACGCCGCCGACGGAACGCCCUACGUCAGAUCCAAUAUGAUAUGUGUCUUCGAAAGCUACACCGGCGAUGUUGCUUGGCGACACUCUGAGUGCCCCAUCAGUGGCAUGGACAUUAGAGAGGUACGGCCGAAGGUGACGUUAGUGGCGCGGAUGGUUGCAUCGGUGGCCAAUUAUGAUUACAUAGUGGACUGGGAGUUCCAAAGUGACGGGCUAAUCAGAGUUAAGGUUGGGCUGAGUGGCAUACUGAUGGUUAAAGGCACACCAUAUGUGAACAUGAACCAAGUGAACCAGGAAGAGUACCUCUAUGGCACCCUCUUGUCAGAGAACGUAAUUGGAGUCAUCCAUGAUCACUAUGUCACAUUCUACUUAGAUAUGGACAUUAUGGAUGGGUCGAACAACUCAUUUGUCAAAGUAAACCUAAAAAGAGAACGCACAUCCCCGGGUUAUUCACCACGCAGAAGCUAUAUAAAAGCGGUGAGGAAUGUAGCGAAGACAGAAAAAGAUGCACAGAUCAAGUUGAACCUGCAUGACCCAUCAGAGUUCCAUGUGAUUAACCCGAACAACAGGACCCGCGUCGGGAACCCCGUCGGAUACAAGAUUGUCCCUGCAGGGACUGCCGCUAGUCUUCUUGAUCACAAUGAUCCGCCGCAGAUGAGAGGCGCAUUCACGAAUAACCAAAUAUGGGUCACUCCUUAUAACCAGAGUGAGCAGUUUGCGGGUGGUGUGUAUGCUUACCAGAGCCACGGUGAUGAUACCCUUGCAGUAUGGUCUGAAAGAGACAGGGAAAUUGAGAACAAGGACAUAGUGGUGUGGUAUACAUUAGGAUUCCAUCAUGUCCCAUGCCAGGAGGACUUCCCAAUCAUGCCGACCGUAACAUCAAGCUUUGAUCUAAAACCAGUUAAUUUCUUUGAGAGCAAUCCAAUUCUGGGCUUCCCGCCAAAUCAGGAGAAGGACUUGCCAGUGUGCAAGGCUGCUGCUGCUUGAUGAAGGUCUCUUGGUGUCGAGUAGUAAUGUAAAUGGCUCCAAGUUGAUCUAUCAUCUGCCGUGUGUAUGUAUAUAUGCGCUCUAGGUUCUUUUCAUAAUUUAUAAAUAAAUUGAAUAUAUUGAAAUCCCUGUUUCAUGUACCCUGUAAAGUGAAUUGUUUAUGGCAAACAUAUCAAGUAACUUGUCAUAUAUACUCCGUAUGUCACAAGAUAAACUUUUCCAUACAAAAACAGAAUUCAUAACUCGGAUAGUAUUUCAUGUAUAAACCAAGCAUAUUGAGAGGGUCAACCGAGUUCCGCAGGUACAAGAAUUCAAUUUAUUUCCGGUCUUAGAAGAUCCCUACUCUGAUGAUCCCUUAUAACCUGCUGAACUCAUCAUCAUCAGUUGCCUGGCUCUUCGGGCACACUCUGCAAAUUUCUGAACAGCAAUGGCACAUUUGAGAGGGUUCUUCUCAUUUUCCCUGUAACAUUUUGUGCAAUCAUCUCUUUCCUUAAGGCACGGGAUUGUCUUGUUGUCAGGAAGUUUGAAUUCCUUCUCAUGGAGAUCCUUUGCCCUCUGUGUUACUUCCUCUAGCAUGUUCUCCUCCAUCUUCUGCAACCUCUCCACCACCUUCUCACUCUCUUGGACUGCACAUCUGAUAGCAUCUAACUCUGCAAUCAAUGGCUGGUUAAGGGGAGGAAGUGGUAUGAACAAUGGUGUCUUUGACUCUUCAGGGACAGGCUUUUGAUGUGCCUUUGACCAUGAAUUGUUUGAUACCUUUGGUUUAGGCCGCUUUGAUCUUUUCUUGAACUUCUGACCUUCAUGAGAAAGUUUGUUGACUAAAUCAUUACUGAUCUGAAUGGUAAAUGAUUCGCUCAUGAUGCAAGCAGGUCCUGACGAAUCACCUGAAAUGUCAAUUCAAUUCAUCCUCAAGGGGUCAAAUUUUAAGUGGAAAUAAAAAUAAAAAUGUUUGAAAUUUACAAAUCCAGGUAAGAUUAGCAUGAAAAUUUGAUCAGCCCCUCUGUUAGCCUUUUGUUUGUUUGGGAUGAAAGAAAGAGCGAAGAGUUAAAGCGGAGGGAUUGAUUUAACAAGCUCAGAACGCCUUCCAAUCUUCCACAUCCCACAAUACCCAUAUACUAGUAGUUAUAAACAAUAAUCAUCCAUCUCAAUCUUGUUAAGAUCGCUGGUUGAAACGUAAGGUCGGACGGUCCGAUCUUUCUAGGAUCGUGCAUGGGAUCCGAAAUCACAUCAAGAGCGCCGGAUCGACGAGCUAGUUCGUAAAAUCACAUAAACGUCGAUCUGCGUCCAUUAACGGCCGUACACAAAAACCGACUGCCAGAGUCGGGAAUGAAGCAAUUUAAAACAGAGCUACGAAGCCUCAAUCGCCACCUGCUUACCUCAGAACAGACCAGACGCUUAAGGAAGAAACCCUGCUUCUUCUCCUUCUCUGAAACUCAGCUCAUUUCCUGAAAAUUGGUCCGCUGCUCUUCGUUCCUAUAGUCCCCAGCCACUAAUCCCAGUGAGAGGGUAGGGUGUGUCAUUAGUCUAUGGAUUAUAGCAGUCUUACAUCAAUCGAAUCAAAAUCAAAUCCUACAUCAAAUAAUCUUCAAUAACAACUCUAAAUUCUAUGAUCAGACUUUGAGACAGUCAUCCCU